UUUCCUUUGCUCUCUCUACCUGCGGAGCUGAGGAACACGAUAUAUCGCGAACUCCUCCUCACUACUAUCCCGCUUCAACUGGUCCAUGACCGACCCUUUUGGCCUGACAUCACUGUCCCAGGCAAGAGGAUUCAUCCCACGAUUUUGCAAGCGAGUAAAAGGGUGUGCCAUGAAGGUCUUGCGGUCCUAUAUGGGGAGAACACGUGGUAUAUCCAUAUUGACAAGACACUCGAGAGAUACAGAGCGGACAUGCGUUACCUGAACCCGUCUUUCUGCCUCCCGCCGCCGUUGACGACGUGCAUGUCGCAGAUCAGACGAAUUGUUAUGCACGCCGGUUCGAAUGAUCGUACCAGAACCAGAUAUGAGAUAUAUCGCCAAUUGCGGAAUAUUGGAAUCCUGAUGGAUAGCCUUCAGCUCUUCGCUAUACAGUUUCCGAACGAGCAUGUGCUCAACAAGAACAAGAGGGUCAACGUAGAAUGGUUGGAGGAUAUAGAUGUGAAGGAGCUGAAGGGGAAGCAUGUGUGGUUCCCGGACGGUACAAUGCCAGAUGAGGGGUGG